GGUGUAGGGUAAAAGCAAGAGAACUCAGCUGAAGAUGAAGUUGACUGUUAGCUGCUAAACAAAUGGAUUCAAAUCAUUUGUAAAGUGUGUUUAACAUUGAAGGAAGGUAGAACCUCCUUUUCAGAAUCAUGUUGAGUAUGGUAAUCACAAAGAAUCACACUGGUAUGCAUGAGACCAGUGUCAUACUUUGUUAAGAUCCUCUCAUCCCAUUUGACCCACAUUGCGCGGUUGGAGGUCCUCCAGUCUGCCCACUGUCUCCAGCAGAACUGCCUCCUGGUUGAUGAUUAAAUGAUUUUUGGCGAUGGAGCCGCGCGCAGCUGCUCGCGCUCCUCUCCCCCUCCAUGCUCCUUUUCAUCAUCACCGUGACAGACAGAAGAGCGAAGCAGUCAUUCCAGGACGUUCCUCCGGCGCACCGCGUUCUCAGUGACCAGCGUGUCACCUGCGUCUGAGCUUCUUCACCUUCAGGCCAGUGUGGGGGCUCUUCAGAAAGGAAGAAGGAAGGAUGCCCUAUCGUCAGCUUACAGCCGCUCCAAGCUCAGCGAGGAUUUGAGUUGUUCAUCUACCAGAAGUUUUUCUGGCAAAUGAAACUCUACGUACACCCUCAUUAGCCAUUGAUUGACACCUUGUCCGGCUGCUCAGCUUUGGUCACACAAGCCAUGGCCUUUACCCUGUCAGAGAUCAUGGCGGCGAGACGACAGCAGUCACAGGCUCAGUCACACCCUCAGAGAGGCAGCAGGAUGGUUGUGGAAGUUGAUGAGUACAGCACCAACCCCACUCAAGCCUUUACUUUCUACAAUAUCAACCAGGGACGCUUUCAGCCACCUCACGUGCACAUGGUGGACCCAAUGCCUCAUGACACACCAAAGCCACCAGGCUAUACUCGCUUUGUGUGCGUUUCGGACACUCACUCCCGGACCGACGCCAUCCAGAUGCCGUAUGGUGAUGUGUUUAUUCAUGCUGGAGACUUCACAGAGCUGGGACUCCCUUCUGAGGUCAAGAAAUUCAAUGACUGGCUAGGCACCUUACCCUAUGACAUCAAAAUUGUAAUUGCUGGAAACCACGAGUUGACCUUUGACCAGGAGUUUAUGGCAGAUUUGAUCAAGCAGGACUUCUACUACUUCCCCUCUGCCUCCAAGCUAAAGCCAGAGAAUUACGAAAAUGUCCAAUCGCUGCUCACCAACUGCAUCUACCUGCAGGACUCUGAGGUCACCGUACGCGGCUUCAGGAUUUACGGUUCUCCCUGGCAACCGUGGUACUACGGCUGGGGCUUCAACCUACCCAGAGGUCAGGCUCUUCUGGACAAGUGGAACCAGAUCCCAGACAACACAGAUAUUCUGGUCACGCACUGCCCCCCACUGGGUUUUCUGGACUGGGUCCCCAAAAAGAUGCAACGUGUUGGAUGCAUGGAACUCCUGAACACAGUCCAGAGGAGAGUUCAACCUAAACUGCAUGUGUUUGGACACAUACAUGAAGGUUAUGGCAUGAUGUCAGAUGGCACCACUACAUUCGUCAAUGCCUCAACUUGCACCGUCAACUUUCUGCCCAUGAACCCACCUAUUGUCUUUGACCUUCCUAACCCUAGGACCACAUGACCAGAGGAACAUAGAGUUGUUGUGAAAGAAGCCCAGUAAGGCAUCUGAAAGAUUAAGGGAGGAAAAACUGAGGUGUUUCACAAAUGUGCCGCUUCCCUGGACAGAUCAUCCUUGUGGAGUCUGGAGACUGUCAGACUUUCAGUAUUUCCUAUGAUGUACAUAUAAAUAAACUUUUGUGUGUUUGUUUUGUCUUUUGCAGUAUUGGCAAUCUAAUGCUGCUAGAACAGUAUGUAACCCUUAUGCUAUCCUAGCCACUUUAACAUUGGGAGUUGGCUCAUCUAGACCCACUAGACAGUGCUCUGAACCUUUUUUCUUCAAUGAUUUGUGAUCUUCACUGGUGUCCAUGGAUUACAUGAAAUCUUUGCACCUUUAUCCACCUUUGUCAUGGUAGGAAUAACACGUCAAAGUAAGGGUGGGGUCAUCUAAGAUAGCACAAGGGUUAAAGAAGUCAUAAAAAUGUUGUAAACACAAUGUCAAGAGAAUUUCAGAUUACUGUUUUUCAGCACAACUUUAUUGAUUUAAAACUCUAGCCAAUCAAGUUUUUUUUGAUUCUCUUGUGCUUUGGAUCUUCUUCCCUGUUAUUAGCCUACAGCAUGUUAAAUAAGGUAUUUAGAUUAAUGGGAGUUUGUGAAGCUGUGCUGAAGUGUCAGAUUUGUUUACGUCACUCACUUACAGCUCCUUUCCAGUCCAGGUGAGCCUUAAAGCUAGCAGAAAGAAGGGCACAGAAAAGUUUGUCCAGCCCAUUGCCUUAUUUUUUUAUUCCUGUCAUUUCUUCCUCCAAAAGCUAAGUUGCAGCUCUGGCUAGAUUGUAAGAUCGUCUUGAACUAUAAAAGGGCAGCACUAUAAUGAAACACGUUUUACACCUCUCAGGCCAAAGACAAUCAGUGAAUAAAAGCAAAAACCUGAGAUUGCAAACUAACUCACAAAAAAUUAUUUUAAAAUAAAAAAUGAAUGAUGCUUUGAUCAAGACACCACUUGUUAAAAGAUUGUAAAAUGGGGAAAAAAAGAAGCUAUAGAUGUGAAUGCAUGCCAAAUUCAUUUGUUUCUUGGUAGACUUCUUUGUUAUAACAAUGUUAUGUAUGCAAGACAUUAAAUCUUUUGUUGUUGUGAACGUGGGCUGUGCCCAAGGAAAGUAAAAAAAAAAAGAUUUGCUCUUGCCAUUUAUUGUUGCUUUGAGCUUCUUGUGAUUGACUUUGCUUCAAGAUUCUACUUGAGGUAGUUAGGUUGUGGUAUUGUUUGGACAACGAUUCACUUUCCCCACAGUUCGGUUCAAACCUCAAUUGUUGGGUUGCAGUUUUGUUUUAGAUAGACAUAUCCUCUUGUAUUAUUACAACAAAGUCUUUAAUUUAAAAAAAUGUUGAUAUGAAGCUAACCCGGAUUAUGGAAAACCUUUAUAGAAAUUACAAUACGAAAAAA